AUGGACGCCGAGAAGACCUUGAAGCCAAAGUUGGAGCACUUCCGCAGGAUCGGCCUCGUCGGAACCGCCCUCUCAGAGAUCCUGUCAGCUAGUCCCGAUCUGCUCAGACGCAGCUUAGAGAAGCGAUUGCUCCCCAACGCUGAGCUCCUCAAAUCAAUUUUGAUAACGAAUGCGAACCUUGUGAGUGCCAUAAAGAACUCACUUUGGUUGAUGGCCUUAGACAUCAGAACCAAAGUGCUUCCCAAGGUCGAUGCUCUGCGCGCACACGGCGUGCCCGAUGAUGUAAUCUGUGUGCUUUUGACCCGUUACGGUGACGCUUUGGUGACAGAUACAAAUCGAUUCAAUGAGGCCUUUGACAAGAUCAAGAAGAUGGGAAUCUGUCCGAAGAAAACUACUUUCGCCCGUGCACUCGGGAUGCUUGCUAUCUUGCCCCAGAAGAAGUGGGAGGAGAGACUGGAGACCUUGAUGGGAUUGGGAUGGUCACAGGAUAAUGUCUUGGUGGCCUUCUCAAAACAGCCUCAUAUUGUGUGGAUAUCGACUGAGAAGACAAGGAAUACUGUGAAGUUUCUGGAAGAGAAGCUGGGAUGGACGCCGGAGCGCACAGUGAAGAAUCCAGUUGUUCUCUUGAUGAGCCUGGAGAAGAGGUUGAUGCCCAGGCAUGCUGUCCUGAGCAUUCUCAUGCACAAAGGAUUAAUCAAGACUGGCUUCAUAGGGGAUCAUUUUCUGAUUUCGAACGAGAAGUUCAUGAAGCAAUUUGUGACCAAGUAUCAAGAGAAAGCUCCAGAAAUAGUCGAAGUUAUCAAAGGAGUGAAAUCAUGUAGAUGA